AUGCAUCGAGUGCUUCGAGCCAGAGUCAAAUAUUACGACUAUACUUACGAGUUUGGGGGUGAACUUGAAGGGCUUGAGGGUGAGGUUGACGAUCAACUCGCUUUACAGUUCCAAUUACCAGCCACUCAGAGGACUCCGGAAGCAAAUUCGACACAUCCGACCCUCAAGCUCGACGUUCAAGGCGGUGAUCAAGGCCGAGCCGACAAAUUUCUUUCUGACAAAAUGAAGCUGAACAUCGCCAACCCCGCGACUGGGGAACAGAAGACCAUCGAUUUCGAUGACGAGAGGCGCUACCGCGUUUUCUACGAGAAGCGCAUUGCGCAGGAGGUUCCCGGAGACUCCCUCGGAGACGAGUUCAAGGGAUACAUCUUCCGCAUCACCGGAGGAAACGAUAAGCAAGGUUUCCCUAUGAAGCAGGGUGUUCUCCUCCCCUACCGUGUCCGCCUUCUCCUCUCCGACGGCCACUCCUGCUAUCGCCCCCGCAGGACCGGUGAGCGCAAGCGCAAAUCCGUCCGCGGCUGCAUCGUCGGCCCGGAUAUUGCCGUGCUCUCUCUUGUCAUUGUCAAGCAGGGUGAUGCUCCUCUUCCCGGAUUGACCGAAAACGUUCUCCCCAAGCGUCUCGGCCCCAAGCGUGCUACUAAAAUCCGCAAAUUCUUCAACUUGGGCAAGGAGGAUGAUGUCAGGAAGUUCGUCGUCCGCCGUGAGGUCAAGUCCAAGAAGAACCCGGAUGCCAAGCCUUACACCAAGGCACCCAAAAUCCAGCGUCUCGUCACUCCUCUUCGUCUCCAACGCCGCCGCCACCUCCGUGCUAUCAAGCGCAGGAGAAUCGAGUCCGCGAAGGAGCAGAAGGCAGAGUUCGACGAGCUUGUGGCCAAGCGUGUUGCAGAGAAGAAGCAGAAGAUUGCGGCCAAGGCUUCCCAAAAGAACUGCCUUUCAGGGCCGCUACGACCACCGCCUGAGCAUGAGGCCUAUUGUCUUUCGCAUUUGUACUCUCUGUAUGAUCAUAUUCAACGCCAAGGGUCGUUUAGCAAGGAUGUCUAUGACGAAAAACGUUCGAUGAAUAACGUCACCAGCGAACCUCAAACCCGAGUAGCAAGGGACCAGGCCAUCCGAGAGGCCGUGGAAAGAAAAGACUGGUACUCAUUAAGAGAACUGAGUAACCGGCCUGGUGGAUUUCAGGGGACUCGUUCAGUAGCAUGGCCGUUCUUGCUCCAUGUCGCGAGCGCGUCGCGAGGUUCAAGUGAGAAGAAAGAAAAAGAAGAAAACUCUCGAGAUGGUCAAUCAUCGUCUACGCGAGUACCUCACCGAGACGAACGACAAGUUGGUCUCGACACCAACCGAGCGUUCGUGCAUUAUCCAGUCGAGAGCCAGCAGCAUAAAGAGAAGAGGAAGAAGCAACUAACCGAGCUGAUCCUCGGCGUACUAGAACGGCGUCCUCAGCUUAGUUACUUCCAGGGAUACCACGACAUCCUAUCGACACUCCAACUUACGCUCCAUCCUUCUCUGGACAAGGAUACAGAGGCGUGGCAGCUUCUGCAAGAGUGUGCUAUCAAAAUCACCCUACAUCGCGCCAGAGACGCAAUGGGCGCAGGUUUGGAGCCCCUGACUGGCCAACUCAGGAUCCUGAGACGCUUGAUACGACUCGCCGAUCCUGAUCUAGCUAUGCUGAUUGAAGAGGCUUCGCCCUUGCCUUACUGGGCCAUCUCUCCUUUGAUGACCUUGUACACACACGACCUACCGACCCUUACGCUCGCACAGCGAGUAAUGGAUUGGAUGCUGGCCAGGCCACCCAAUGCAGUUAUAUAUCUAGUUGCCGCUUUUGUACUUCAGAAAAAGGAAGAAAUACAGAAACUUGUCGAAGACGGCGACGAUGGAAUGAUGCACUCAUUCUUGUCCAGUCUCCCAGAUUUGGAGGCCGACGAACUGCCGGAACCCGUUGAUGCACAAGAAAAUGACCAGUCAUCUUCAACUCACGCACCCUUUAAUUCGGAUUUAUUAACGUUAAAUUCGGACGUACCUUCUGACGUCGACUCUUCCAGAGAUGAUCUAACCAGUUCGCUUGUCUCUGUCCAACCGCCAUCCUACACAGAGAAGGCUUCACAGCUACCCGCUUCCUCGCUGGAUGAACUCCAGGACAGUCCAAAUCAACCUACCGGCCUCAACCCCCCUGCCCCUCCCUCCCCGGCCUCUUCGUUGUCAUCCUUGCCUCCUGAACUCCCAAACAUUGAUCACCAAAGCGGUCCGACUGUUCCUCUGUCCCAGAUAUUACAGGCUGCAGAUCGACUUCGAACUAGAUACCCCAUAUCGUAUGAGAAACUACGCUUGAAGGAAACGUUGGGUCCGCACAGCAUGCUGCGUACAUGGUCUGAGGACCCAGAUGAGAUUAUUGGAGAUGAUGAAGCUGAGGAAUAUGUGCUUGCAACGGACCAAAUAGUUUAUCCAGACCUGGAUGACGAUGUAUUCGAGCCUUACCCACCGCCGCAACCCGUCAAGCUAUCCAAAACGCGCACACUCCUUGCCCGUUUACCAAAAAUCGACAUGAUGGCAUAUGCUGCCUUUGGUUUGGUCGCAGUCGCCGUUGUGGCCAACAGCCCCACCGCUCGGGAACAUACCAAACGCUUGGCUGAGGUGGGUUCAGGUUUUAUGCUCUGA